AAUCAAAAUUAAAGAUUCAUUGCAUUAUAAAAGUAGGUAUACAGUUUUUGAAAUUUAAAAAAAAAAUUGUUUCAAAUUUAAAAAUUAUUUAACAAAAAGGAUAGGUAUACUUGUAAAUGUAAAUUUUUAACAUGGAAAAUAAUAAUAUUUACAAAAGUGAUUGCAAAAAUGAUAUCACAUAAAAUCAAUUACAUCUUUAAUGCAAGAGUUGAACAAAUUAUUCCAAUCCUAGAUAAGCGCACUUGAGAUAUUAAUUAUUAUUUUCUCAAAAGAAUAAAAACAAGUUGUUCAUUUCAUGACCAUUUAGCUUCCUCAACAUAUAAAAUAUAAAUUCGUGACGUAAUUCACUUACAAAAUUCUAGCUACCUCCUCGCGGUGCAUCUUGGAAACAAUAUCAUUAAAUUCUUUAUUUCAAGCUUUAUUAAACAAUUUCAAUAAAUUCAAAAAAUUAAAAAAUUUUAAAUGUACUUUGAUGAUAUUGGCUAAAAUCCAAUCAAACAUAUAAAAUAUUUACUAAAGUUAAUAAUAUAUUCAUUACUUCAUUUUAGGUACAAAUCUCCAUGAAAACCAAAUUAUGAUUUUUCAAAAGCAUAACAAUCAAAGCAUACAUUCUUCUUAAGGAAAUUUCUUUUUGAUGCAGCAAGAUAUAUUCAUAAAUUAAAUGUAAUUAUAUUGCGGUUUGCAAACUUUUGCAAUUCGAAAUGAUUCGAAUUUUCUGUUGUUGAGUCGAUUAAUGUUCGGUUCGAUUAAAUACACACCUCUAUUUCAUAUGCAAAUUGCUUCUUUUUUUAUGAUAGAAUAAUCAUUUAAAAAUAUUAAUAUUAAAUAAAUUAUGAAAAAAUACAAAAUUUGAAUUUUUUGUGAAAAAGAAAAAUUUCUAUUUUGCUUAUUGUGACUAUUAAUUAUUAGAAGAUUAAAUUCAACUGUGCUUAUAGUUGAGAACUUUCUUGUAUUACUUUUCAAUGCGUUUAAAAUUAGAUUCAUGUCUCCAUGGUUACUUGUGUUUUUUUAAGUAAACAUACACAACUCUACAAGAAAAAUUGAAAUGCAACUUCAUUUCAUUCCACGCCAACAAGUAAACCGUUCAGUGCUUUUUAUUUUUAUUGACUAUACUAUUCUAAUUGAUCUGAAAAUAUGGCUUUAAAUCUAAAACUCGAUCUACCAAGUGGAUAUGAAAUGCCAGUUUUGGGAUUUGGAACUUGGCAGGUAGCUGAAGAGGAAAUUAUACCUGCUUUAGAUAUUGCUUUGCAAGCGGGCUACAGACAUAUAGAUUGUGCCGCUUACUAUCAAAACGAAAAAGCAGUGGGAAAGGUUUUAAAAGAGUGGAUCGAUUCGGGAAAAGUUACAAGAGAAGAGCUCUUCAUCGUUACUAAAUUGCCUCCCACAGGAAAUGAUGCGAAUAAAGUGGAAAAAUGGUUGACAGAAUCUUUGGAAAACUUGCAACUGGACUACUUGGACAUGUAUUUAAUUCACAACCCUGUUGGAUUUGAAGAAGUUGAGGGAGAACUAUAUGCACUAGAUGAAAAUGGAGAUGUUAGAUUGGACAUGUCAACUGAUCAUUUGGCUCUGUGGGCCGAAUUAGAAAGACACGUCGAGGCGGGAAGCACUCGAUCAAUUGGUGUAUCCAAUUUCAAUGAAUCUCAAAUAACAAGAAUUCUUGAUUCCUGUAAGAUACCUGUUUCAAAUCUUCAAAUUGAGCUACACGUUUACUUUCAACAAAACGAUUUAGUUGCAUUUUGCAAGGAAAAAGGAAUUGCUGUCACUGCAUACUCUCCAUUAGGCUCGAGAGGAACUGUCAGACUUUUAGGGAAAACAGAAAUUCUCCCAGAUUUACUGCUAAAUUCAACUGUCCAAGAAAUAGCGAAAAAGCACAAUAGAACUUGUGCUCAAAUACUGCUUCGCCAUAUUCUCCAAAAAGGUGUAGCAGUCAUUCCAAAAAGUCAAAAUCCAGAAAGAAUAUACGAAAACUUUGAUGUGUUGGAUUGGGAACUUGAUUCAGAAGACGUAAUAGAAUUGGAUAAUUUGGAUAAGGGACCUGAGGCAAGAAUUUGCGAUUUCGCCGCUUUCUUUAAAGGUUUUGAAAGGCAUCCUGAAUGUCCGUAUUAAAUUAUUAUUAUUAUUAUUAUUAUUCUCUUAUAAAUGUUAUUACUGUGUUGUUAUUGUGAAUUACAAAAAUGUAUUUUAGCUUACACGUAUUUAUUAAUUGUUGUUAAUGAAUAUAGAUAUACGCAUUAUCUUGCCAAGUGCGGUAAAUGUAUUACUGCGUCGCAUUUCAAAAUAUAUAUAAUUAUGUACUUUGUAAAGUUGUUAUAAUAAAUAUAUGCUUUAUUUGGAAAAUUAUUUAUUGAUACGAUAA